ACAUCCUCAAAAAUGAGAGCACCAAAUAUCAACAAAAAGAGCACUUCUCUAAUUUUAGUCACCGCCGUGUGAGUUGUUAGUCUUCCAAAACUCCGAUAUUUCCGUUCUGCGCCUGAAGUCAUCAUUUUAUAGACAACAGACGGACCGACAGGCCCGUGAAGACUCUCCGCCCCUUAUUACGCCAUAACUAUAUGUUUAGUGAUCAAGCAGGUCACCUUUUGUUGUGCUCCGAAGACUCCUUUGCACAGGAAUCGUCGGAAUGGAGUUAACUGAAGCUUUCGUGAACUUUCAGUUGGGCUGGCCUCGCAUGCAUCACUUGUUUGCUCUACUUUGUCUUGCCGCCGUUAUCUAUAAAUUAAUCGUCUUGGUCGCGAAGAGAAAGGCUCAGUCUCGAAGCGUUGACGCUUUUCCAGGACCACCGGGACACUGGCUGUUUGGACACGUUUUGCAGUUUAAACAAGAUGGGACAGACUUUGACAAGAUAGUGCAAUGGGGACAGCAGUACCCUUAUGCUUUCCCACUGUGGUUCGGCCCUUUUGUUUGUUUCCUCAACAUUCACCAUCCAGAUUAUGUAAAAACCAUACUGACAUCAACCGAACCAAAGGAUGAUUUGGCAUAUAGGUUUCUUGCGUCGUGGAUUGGGGAAGGUUUAUUGGUAUCAAAAGGUCAGAAGUGGUUUCGCCACAGACGUCUCUUGACACCAGGUUUCCACUAUGAUGUUUUGAAGCCAUACGUAAAAUUGAUGUCAGAUUCUGCUAAAACUAUGUUGGACAAAUGGGAAAGUUAUGCAGACACCAAUGAGUCUUUUGAAUUGUUUGAACAUGUGAGCCUUAUGACACUGGACAGCAUCUUGAAGUGUGCGUUCAGCUACAGCAGCAACUGUCAGACCGAAGGUGGAACAAAUGCAUACAUCAAGGCAGUUUAUGAGCUCAGUGAUCUGAUUAACCUCCGGUUCAGGACAUUUCCAUAUCACAACGACCUAAUUUUCUACCUAAGCCCACAUGGCUUUAGAUACAGGAAAGCAUGCAGGAUAGCUCAUAGUCAUACAGAUGAAGUUAUAAGAAAGAGGAAGGAAGCACUAAAUGAAGAGACUGAGCUGGACCGCAUACAGGCCAAAAGAAACUUGGACUUUCUGGACAUCCUUCUCUUUGCAAGAGAUGAGAAGCAGCAGGGUCUGUCAGAUGAAGAUUUACGAGCAGAAGUUGACACCUUCAUGUUUGAGGGCCAUGACACCACAGCCAGUGGCAUCUCUUUCAUCCUCUACUGUCUUGCCUGCCACCCAGAACACCAGAAGAUGUGCAGGGAUGAGAUCAUGGAAGCCCUACGUGGCAAGGACACCAUGGCAUGGGAGGAUCUUAAUAAAAUUCCAUACACUACAAUGUGCAUAAAAGAAUCCCUCCGUCUUUACCCUCCUGUACCAGGAAUGUCCAGACAAAUCACCAAACCCAUAACCUUUGUUGAUGGAAGGACUGUGCCUGAAGGUUGUCAUGUUGGAACAAGUGUGUUUGGGAUUCACAGGAAUGCUGCUGUAUGGGAAAACCCUGAGGUCUUUGACCCCCUGCGUUUCCUGCCAGAGAAUGUCUCCAGGAGGUCACCUCAUGCGUUUGUGCCCUUUUCAGCUGGGCCGAGAAACUGCAUUGGCCAGAACUUUGCCAUGAAUGAGAUGAAAGUGGUGAUAGCCCUGACACUGAAGAGAUAUCAGCUGAUAGAGGACCCUGCUUGGAAACCCAAGAUAAUUCCUAGACUGGUGCUCCGCUCACUCAAUGGCAUCCACAUUAAAAUCAAACCUGUAGACCCACAAAUGUAAAGGGAGAGAGCUGCAAGUAAAACUGUAAAUUUCAUUUUUCAACGAGGGAAUGAUUUAAGGAGUUCAAGUGACUUAAUUUCUAAUAUUUUACUAAGCUUUUACACUACUAUAGAAUCUAAAAGAUAAUGAUGAACUGAAUUUAAUGACUAAAUAUGUCUUAGGGAAAUUACUUUAUAUUUUUUCUCUUUCUCAGGAACUCUACUUUUAAUAAAAUAUUUUUGCACUUUCUAUGUGAAAAAGAAAUAGGACCUGUAUUUUGAUAGGACAGUUGCACCUAAUCCAUUUGUAAUAAAUAACAAAUGUUUGAAAUAUAACAUUUUCCUUUCUUCAUUUUAAAUACAUUAUCCAGUAUACAAAACAUUGGGGGGUUUUCAGUUUUAGUAAGUGGAUGAUGACUGAGCCAAAACCAAACCAAGCAAAUAAAAAGUUUUAACUGAGGAUGUCCCAUGACCUCGUUUAAACAAGGUCAAAAGUACUCAAGACAUAUCUUUCCCUCCAGAAUAAAUUCGUGGGAAGGUGUGGUAUGCAACGCAAUAAU